AGAUAUAAUAAUUAAUUCAGUAUGGAUAUAAACAUAACGCGAUUCGAAUGUGUGGUCGGUGUGCGCAAGAACGGUCAAAAUGUGGUAUCAAAUAAUUUUAUUCACAACAGUAUGUGUGUUCACUUAUGUUCUAAAGAAACUGCACGCUACUGGACCAAAUAAAUUCAAGUUUUAUUUUAAUUUCUGUAUAUUUUACUUCUUAACGUCCGUGUUAGCCGCUGUGAUUUGGCCCUACUUUCUAUUAAGCCCUAAAAACGUGAGAAAUGCCAAAAUAGCAGUGCGAUUGCUGAAGCACGUUACCAAAUUAUAUGACUUAGAAUGGCAUCUCCGAGACGGGGAGAUCUUGGCCGAAGAUCGAGGAGCCGUCAUCAUCUCAAAUCACCAGAGCUCUCUUGAUAUAUUAGGAAUGUUCAAUAUAUGGGACGUCGUCGAUAAGUUAGCGGCUAUUGCCAAGAAAGAAUUGUUCUACAUUUGGCCGUUUGGUCUGUCGGCCUACCUCGCCGGAGUCGUGUUCAUUGACCGGAGUAAUGCGAAAGGAGCCUACAAACAACUCAAAAUGACGUCCGAAGUCAUGGUAAAAAAUAAGUGUGACUUGGAGACACUCGCGGACGAUCCCAGCGAGCAAUAUGCGGAGCGGGAGGAGUUUGAGAAGCAAUAUUACAGCUUGGUGGCUACCGCCCGGCAGCUGAUCAGCGCCACCCGCAGUAGGCAGGCAGGAGAUUCGUCGUCCGAGGUGGGGUCUUGUGCUAGUCACACACAUACACAUAACUCUAUACGUCUACCAAAAAUUGAUCUACCUAAGUUUUCGGGCAGCUAUCAUGAUUGGCUAGAGUUUAGGGACACAUUCAUUUCAAUAAUCCAUAGCAAUAAUAACAUAAGUAAAAUCAAUAAAUUACAUUAUCUUCGCGCUUCUUUAAAAGAUAGUGCUUCUCUUGUCGUAGACAAUUUAGAUUUCAGUGCGGAGAACUACGAUGCUGCCUGGAGGUUACUUUGUGACAGGUAUGACAAUAAGAGAUUACUUGUCAAUAAUCACGUGCAAGCUCUCUUUAAUGUAAACCCUAUCUCUAAAGAGUCAAGUAAGUCGUUACGCCUUAUUAUUGAUACAACGAACAAAAAUCUUAGAGCCUUAUCUACACUUGGGCAACCAGUUCAACACUGGGAUACGCUUAUAAUUUAUAUUAUGGCUAGUAAAUUAGAUCAGGUGACAAAUCGUGAGUGGGAGGAGCAUAGAAACUCUCUGACUGAACCUCCAACAUUAAAUAUUUUUAUUAACUUCCUCAGCAACAGAUCAGAUUUAUUAGAAACACUUGAGGAGUCGAAGUCCAUCAAAACAAGAGGCGAGGGUCACAGCGACAACAAUAAAUCUAAUAAAAGUUUUCUGGCCACUACUGAUAAACCUAAAUAUAAGCCUUUAUUGUGUCCAAUGUGUAAACAGGAUCAUCAUGUAUUCACUUGUGAGACAUUCAAAUCACUUCCAGUGGAGGUUCGUAACAAAAGGGUUCAUGGUUUUAAUGUAUGUCUUAACUGUUUGCGACCAGGCCAUGAUGCUAAUAAGUGUAAGUUAGGAAACUGUAAAUAUUGCAAUAAAAAGCACAAUACAUUGCUACACGUUCAUACUGAUAGUGAGCUCUCAAACACUCAAAAUGUUGUCUUGUCGGCUAAUCAUUCUGCUUCAUCUCGCAUAAUUCUACUUUCCACAGCGCUCGUGCGGGUGACGGACACAAAGGGCAGCUGUCACACUGCUCGAGUCUUGCUGGACAACGGGAGCACGGCCAACUUCGUGUCCAGCGACUUAGUCCACAAAGAUUUGGUUGUUCCCCGAAGGAACACGGAACAAAGAUUAUACGAAGCUACAGCCUUUCAAAAAGGGUGCGUUCAACAUAGCCGUGGCAGCACAGGUCCCCAUCAUCCCCGUCGUGUUCUCACCCUAUUACUUCAUUAAUAAGGAGAAAUACAUUUUCAAUAAAGGUCACGUGAUAAUCCAGUGCCUAGAGCCAGUGCCCACAACUGGACUGACAAUGGAUGACGUCCCGGACCUCAUCAACAAAAUCCACGAGAAAAUGUCGAUAGCAUACAAAGAAUUAUCGAAGGAGGUCGUCAGUGCACUCCCAGUCGACU